AUGAAUGCUUCAUUUCCUCCCUGCAACUUUCAGCCUGUAAAAUACAAACCAAAUAGUACACCAGACGAUCUUUUUAUUUCUUAUGCAUUUAAAAAUUGUAAAAAUCUAGCAAGCCUAGCUAGAACAUUUAGACACACAGGUACUAACGCAUCAGCUGUCUUUUUUAUUGACGAUGAAGCAAAUUCUGCCAUGACAAAUGAUACAAGGAAUUUAAUACUGAGUUGUGGAGUAACAUUAAUCAAUGUCGGCAAAUUACCUUUUUCUGGGGGUACUAAUUAUUAUCACAGUGCAUAUAUGUUUAUGACUGAGCUAGUUAGACUUAAUAUUCACAAAUUGAAUCGUGUAAUUAAAUCAGAUGGUUUUGAUACUUUUUUCCAAGGGGAUCCAUUCAUAGAAGACUUCAGAGAAGAUUCUUUAUUGCUCUACGAUGAACAUUAUACUUUGAAACAGUGUCCAUUUAAUAGAGAUUUUAUAAAGCGUUAUGGAUAUAAAUUAACUGAAAAAGAUAAUGAAUUUUAUUAUAUUUGCGCAGGUUUCGCAGCAGGAAAAGCGGAGAUUUUCCUAAAUGCAUACUGGCUAUACUUAUCAUUUGUUAUUCCCGAUGGUUCGUACACAGAUCAAGGAGGAUUCAAUUACUUUAUUCUCACAGGAAUGUUUGAGAAAUAUCAAAUUCCAUUUAUUACACAAAAAGGAAUAGAUAAUGUUUUUGUUCGACACUGCGCGAGAGACUGGACUCGUCGCAAUGAAAGAUUAGGAACAUUUACAAUGAACUAUAAUGCAUCAAAAUACGCUUUAGUUGUUCAUCAUUCCUAUCUUAUUGAAAAUGUUAAGCAAUAUUGCCCUGCUCCUCAUGGAAAAUUCCCAGAUUAUUUCAAUACUCGUUCAUAA